UCCAUGGUGACUGUACUUUUAUGACUUGGUAGUAGGUAGGGUUGGUAGGAGUUAAUGGUUAUUUGUAUAAUUUGUAUUUUAUUCUGUUAUUUAGCUAUGUAGCUGUGUAGUACGUAUAGGUGUUGGUGAGACGACGAGGGCGGUCAGUUUUGCUACAGGGACAGUACGUACUGAAGUUUCAUGAACGAAUUUCUCUUUUAAGAACUUCUCAUUUGAAGUAUCGGAAAGUCUUUGUAAAACACUGAACAUGGAUGGUACUGCCAAGGAUACUGAUGGAGCACAAAAAAGAAACUCUCUUGAAGAUUUAAACAAAGAAGAUCUAAUCAAGAAAUGUAAGAGUUUGCUGGUUAUUGCUCAGAGAGCAAAACAAGCAAAAGAUGACGCUGGGAAAGAAAUUAUACGACUAAAGGAGCAGCUUAAUACUUUGCAGAUGCAGGCUGAGCAGGUUCAUAAUGGAGAAAGAUACUCUGAUACAGGCAGGAAUGAGAAAGAAUUGCAGUUGCAGAAUGAAGUCAGUGCAAUGCAAGAAAUGCUCACUACCCUCACUGAACAGAAGCUUUGCUUUACCAUGGAAGUGGAUAAACUGAAGAAAGAGAAUGUAACAUUGGAGAAAGAGUUGAAUCAAUUAAAACUGGAAAAGGCUAGUGUUCAGGAAAUUUCAGCCCAACUGCAUUGUCAGUUAGGAGAGCUAGAGACAGCUGCAGAGAGCUAUAAGCGACAGAUUCAUCGACUAACGAAUGAAAAUGAAGCUUUAAUCAAACAAAUGGAAAGGCUGGAAAUGGAGAUGAAAAAGAAGGAAGACCAGACCUCACUAGAAGUGAGCCACGACCAGGUGAAAUUAUUAGAGGGUGAACUACAGAUGUUACAUGAUGAAGUAGAGCGUCUAAAUGGGGAGGAUGCUCAGAAGAAAGAACAAAUGAAGCAGUUGUAUGAAACUUUCAGCAAAGAGAAGAGUGAACUGAAGAGAAGUCUAGAAAAUGAAACAAGACAGUUCCAGCAGAUGAGAUCUGGGCUGAUAUUGUUAUCCUCAGAGGCUUAUGAAUUGAAUGUCCUAAGGAUGAGACUGUCAGAAGAGGUUCGAAUGUUCCAGUCUGAUGUGUUUAACAUGCUGCAGGAAGAUACAUGGAUUGCAGUACAGAAGGUUGUGAUGAAUUAUGUUGAGUCAGAAAUAGCAGCCACUAAACGGGAAAAUUCUGAACUUCUUGGAGAAAUGAAUGAAAUGAAUCAGGUUUUAAAGCAUCGUGGUGAAACUGUUUCAAAAUUGAAUGAACUGAACAGUGAACUAGAGCACAGAUUGAAAGAAACAAACAGCAAGCUUGAAGCAACUGAAAAGGACUUAAAAGUUAAACUUUCAGAGUUAGAAAUAAAAGGUAAAGCAUUAUGUGAUUUGGAAAUGGAUCUUGCCAAAGUAACAAAAGCUCAGCAGGAAGAUAUGCAUAUGAAAGAUGAAACUAUUUUCACAUUAGAGAAAGAGAUUGUGAAAUUUAUGGAAUGUCAGCAUGAAUUGGAAACAAAGACAUCAGCACUGGAAGCUAAGGAGGAAAGAAUACACAAUCUUGAAGCAGAACUGGCUAAACAAGUUGACACACUGCAGGAGCUAAAAUCUAAGGACAAAAUAAUAACUGACUUAGAAGAACAGAUAAGAAAUCUGAAAGUUGUGAACAAAGCUGGAGACAGGGAAGAGGAUGGAUGUAGUACUGAAGAUUGUGAAAUGAAAGUGAAGUUGCUUAAAGAUGAGAUAUCAACACUCAAAGGAAAGCUUCAGGUGUUGGAACAUGAGAUUGAAGAAAUGCGCAAAGAAAAUGGUGAUGUGCCAAGUGAAGUGAUGAGUAGCAGUACUAUUAGUAGGGCAGAAGAGAAUGCUAGACUGAAGGAUUUGGAGGAGACAUUUGAAGAACGUUACACCAAGCUUCGCGCUGUUGCUGUUCGGCUGAAAAAGAGGGUGUCUGAAUUGACAGCACAGCAGACACAUCUAGAGAUGGAAAAGAAAAAGCUGGUCUCUGACAAGUCUGAGCUUCAGGCCAAAGUAGCUCAGCUUUCAGCUCAUGCAAAAAACUUGCAGACAAUGCACCUGGAAUAUGAUCGUUUACAAGAUGAUAUGGAAAAACAGAAAUUGGAAGUUAAAGAAUUCGCCAAGGCUUUGGAACUUGCUGUAAAUGAAUCUGCAACCCUUAAAGUGCAACUGUUGGAAUGUCAGGAAGAAAAAGAAUGCAAAUUAAAGGACUUGGAGGCAUGUGUGAAGGAUAAACAGAGACUGGAGUUAGCAAAUAAGGAACUGUCAUCACAUAUCCACUCCUUAAAAAAAGAAAAAGAAGCAGAGAAUAUAGCAAGGAAAGAAAAUGAAAAAGAACUGAAGAGACUUGAGGAAGAAUUAAAAGCAAGUGAGAAGAGGCUGACAGAAGAAGUUGACCACCAUAAAAACACUCAGGAACAACUGGAUGUUUCAAGACAGGAAUGCAAGAAGCACAGUGUUCUUAGUCUGGAGAUGGAGGAUUAUGAGAGAUCAGUGGCUGAUUUGACACAGCAGUUGGUAUCACAAAAGUCAAAGGUGAAAGAACUGGACAGUCACUUAGAGACACAGCAGGAUAUUAAUAGAGGACUUCAGGAACAGAUUUCAUUGUUGGAACAAAGAAUACAGUCAGAAGAAGCUAGAUCAAAGGAAGUCAAGGAACAAUUGAAUGCAUCAAGAAGAAGACUGUUGGAAGUUGAGGCUCUGGCACUUGAACGUGAAGCUAUGAUUUCUGAACUUUUGUCACAGAUUGAACAGCAUAAGGGUAAAAGUGAAAAUCUUGUACUGCAGUUAUCAGAACUGGCAGCUGAGAAGCAGAGGCUGGUUGAAUGUGGACAGAAUCAACAGGAUAAUCUUAACAGACAAGUACAUGUACUAGAACAACAUGUGUCUCGAUUGAAAGAAAAUUUGGUAGAACGUGAAGCAGAGUUAGGAGACCUAAGGGCUGAAUUUACAAAUUACAAGGUCAGAGCACAGAGUGUGCUUCGACAGAAAGCUCGUCCAGAUGAUGGAUCAUCAAGUUUGAGUCGAGAGGAUCACACAGAAGAAGUGGCGCAGCUGAAGCAAACAGCAGAAAUUCUGAAAAGUAAACUGGAAGAUGUAAGUUCCAAGUUGCAAAGCCUCAUGGUAGAAAACAGUGCACUUCAAGAAGACCAAGCACGAGUAUUACAAAGGUAUCAGGAAUUGUCAGAUACAGUGCAGGAUCUAAGAAAUCAGAAUUCACAACUCCAUACACAGCUGCAGGAAGCCAAAAUAGAGCAUCGUGAAGCCUUGAGGAGUCAGAAACUACAGGCUGAAACUUUAAACCAGUGCUACAAGCAACAGAUAGAGGAACUGGAAGAAAGGUUACAAAAGGAAACAUCAGCCCUGAAGAAGCAGCUUCAAGACACGGAGGAGCAGCUGCAUAGAAUACAGCAACAUUCUUCCGUUGUGGGUGAUGUAGUUGGGCAUGUUAUGCAGCCAGCUGAAUCAAACAUGUUGAAUACACCUUCCAAACAUAAUGCCAGCCCUCACUGGAACAGCAGCACAGUGGGAUUCAUACCUGUCCGAUCUGGAGUCAUAAUGAACCAGCAAGACUCGGAAAACAAGCUUGAAAUAACAUUACUUGAGAGAGAAGAAGGAGAGGGUUCAGAGAGUGUGGACUCUACUCCUCCACAUCUGUCUGCAUCACAGGAACGUAGAACAGAAUUAAUUCCACUGGAAAAACUUCUGUCAUCUCCAGCUGAUGAUGAAAACAAUGUUUCAACAGUUAGUGCUUCACCAGGUGUAGAACUGAGUCAAACUAAAGAACAAUUGGUAGUAUCAGAAUGUCGUAUCCGACAUUUAAGUGGACUGCUAAGUGAAGCAGAACGUGAUCUGGCAAAGCUGACUCAACAGAAUCAGGUGCUAAAGGAUGAGAUCCGUCGGCAGCAGAGAAGCGUUGAAAGGGAGCAGCAUGCACAAAAUUUUGAGUACCUCAAAAAUAUUGUUCUAAAGUUUGUGACGCUCCAAGGUGGCGAUGAAAGGUCACGUUUAGUUCCUGUUCUCAACACUAUACUCAAACUUAGUCCAGAAGAAACCAGCCAACUUAACAUAGUGGCUAAGGGUGGUCCUGAUCUCCAAGCUGGUGGAAGAGGAUGGGGUAGCUACUUACAUCUUUGGUCAGGCACACAGUGACUUUGCACAAAGUGCCAUUGAAUGGCCAGGAUUAUUUAUAUUAUGGAGAUGACAUCAUCACAGCAAUGUGUAUUAGUGGUGGUUAGUCUAAUUUCAUAUUGCCUUUCCUAAAUUAUUUGCAUCCUUCAUUUGGUCUGCUAUGUCAUUUGCACAGAAAUUAUGUCUGUGGCAAGAUGAUGCUGGUGACUGAGCUAACUUCAUGGGUACACUGCUAGUGGGUCCUGAAGGUGAUAGUGAUGUCCAAGUAGAGUCAUCGAAUAUAAGCUUUUGCGUGAUACUUCUGUACAUAAUUUAUUGUUUAAUUGGCAAACAGUUGUUUGUAAAGUUACAAUGCUCAAGUAAUAUUCUUUGAGGUAUAAAUGUAUGUGUACAUAAAAUAUAUCUAUACUCAUUGUCAAGAUGAACCAAUUCAGUAACACGUGCACAUGUAAAUAAAAUUCAUAUUGUCAUAUGA